AUGGCCAAUCUGAGCCAGCCUUCCGAAUUUGUCCUCUUGGGCUUCUCCUCUUUUGGUGAGCUGCAGGCUCUGCCAGGGCCCUUCCUCACGCUUUAUCUCCUCGCCUUCACGGGGAACGCCGUCGUCAUCGUCAUGGUCGUGGCCGACACCCGCCUCCACACACCCAUGUACUUCUUCCCGGGCAACUUCUCCCUGCUGGAGGUCUUGCUGACCAUGACCACAGUGCCCGGGAUGCUCUCGGACCCGCUGGCGCCCCACAGAGUCAUUUCCUUCACUGGCUGCAUGGUCCAGUUCUACUUCUACUUCUCGCUGGGUUCCACCGCCUUCCUCAUCCUGUGAGACAUGGCCCUCGACCGCUUUGGGGCCAUCUGCCACCCACUGCGCUACGCUCUGAUGAGCUGGGCUAUGUGCAUCCAGCUGGCAGGGGCCGCCUGGGCAAGCCCGUUCCUCACCAUGGUACCCACGGUCCUCUCCCGGGCCCGUCUCAGUGAUUGCCACGGCAAUGUCAUUAACCACUUCUGUGACAACGCACCGCUGCUGCAGCUGUCCUGCUCCAACACCAGCCUGCUGGAAUUCUGGGACUUCGUGAUGGCGCUGGCCUUUGUCCUCAGCUCCUUCCUCGUGACACUCAUCUCCUACGGCUACAUUGUGAGCGCCGUGCUACGGAUCCCCUCUGCCAGCGGCCGCCGGAAGGCUUUCUCCACGUGUGGGUCUCACCUCACCCUGCUGUUCACUGGCUAUGGUAGCACCAUCUUCCUCUAUGUCAGGCCCGGCAAAGCACGUUCUGUGGACGUCAACAAGACCGUCACCUUGGUGACAUCCGUCCUCACCCCCUGUCUCAACCCCUUUAUCCUUACCCUCCGCAAUGAGACAUUCAAGGCAGUGCUACAAGGACAGGUGCGGAGGCUGAAAGGCCUCCACAAGGCACGACCACAAGCCCAGGGGACCCGGAGAGACUCAGUCAAGUAG